AUGCCUGAAAAUCCUGCUGCAGAUAAACAGCAGGUGCUGCAGAUCCUUGAUCGUCUGCAAGCAAAACUGCAUGAGAAAAGAGAUUCCCAACAUUAUGAAAACCUGACUGUUCUGCAGAACACCCUCAGGAGCCCUUUGUUUAACCAGAUCCUGACCCUCCAGCAAUCCAUUAAGCAACUGAAGGAACAACUCAAUUAUAUGCCUCCUGAUCGUUCAGUAGAUUUUGAUUUUACAAAGAGAGGGCUACUAGUGUUUGCUGACAGAUCAGUUGCUGCUGGGAGUGCAUACACACCUUGCAGUUCACCUGAACCCAGAGCAUCUACCUUCACUCCAAACCUGGGAGUCAAUGACUUUAAUGCAAUCAUCCAACAGAUGGCAAAGGGGAGACAAAUAGAAUCAAUAACGAUUGAAAAGCCUUCUGUUGGAGGUCUUGGAUUUAGUGUGGUUGCCCUUAAAAAUCACAGCUUGGGAGAAGUUGGUAUCUUUGUCAAGGAAGUCCAGCGGGGAAGCAUAGCUGACAGGGAUCAAAGACUAAAGGAAAAUGACCACAUACUGGCCAUUAAUUGCACCCCAUUGGAUCAGAACAUUUCCCAUCAGCACGCUAUUGCCCUCCUCCAGCAAUCCAUGGGAUCUCUACAUCUGGUUGUUGCUAGGGAGCCAGUUCAAGGGAACAGCAGAACUUCGACUGUCUUAUUAAGUGAUAUAAAUCCACCUGAGACUAUUCACUGGGGCCAUGUUGAAGACGUUGAGCUGAUUAACGAUGGUUCAGGAUUAGGCUUUGGAAUUGUAGGAGGAAAGUCAAGUGGAGUAGUUGUAAGAACAAUCGUUCCUGGGGGAUUAGCAGAUCGGGAUGGGAGGCUCCGGACAGGAGACCAUAUCUUACAGAUUGGAGGGACCAAUGUGCAAGGAAUGACCAGUGAGCAAGUGGCCCAAGUCCUGAGGAACUGUGGAAAUUCUGUUAGGAUGAUCGUUGCAAGAGACCCAAAGUGUGAAAUCAUGGAGACUCCACCAGCUCCCGUGAGCUGGCCAGUCAGUACAUUGCCUUCCUUUCAAAAUGGAAAUGAUAAUACCAACCUUUUUGAGACCUAUGAUGUUGAGCUUAUAAAAAAGAAUGAUCAAAGCCUGGGCAUAACAAUUGUUGGAUAUGCUGGCACAUCUGACAUAGAACCUUCAGGGAUUUUUGUGAAAAAUAUAAUACCUGGUAGUGCUGCUGACCACAAUGGCCAAAUUCAUGUUCAUGACAAAAUUGUUGCUGUUGAUGGAGUUAAUAUACAGGAUUAUAGCAACCAAGAAGUGGUAGAGGCCUUGCGUAGCACAGGGCAGACAGUGCGUCUUACCUUACUGAGAAGAAAACCUUCUUCUACUAUUUCUUCAGAAAGACCUUCAGACAGAGUGCAGCCAACUGUUCCAACCCCUAGAGCUGUAGGGACUGACACUAGUGUGGACAGUAAGAAUGAGAAAAAGCAAGAGCAGGAGGAUAAUUUUCAAAAGGAAAAGAAGCAGAGUCUGCAUAUAGCAGGAAGAGUCCCACUUCCUCCAGCACAUGAGCUGAAAUCCAAGUGGGAAAACCUGCUGGGACCUGAAUACGAAGUUAUGGUUGUGAAUGUGGAUACGCCCAUUACAGAUGAUGCGGAGCUCCAGAAGUACUCAAAGCUGUUACCCAUCCACACUUUGAGAUUGGGAGUUGAGCUUGACACAUUUGAUGGGCAUCACUAUAUAUCAUCAAUUGCUUCAGAUGGUCCAGCUGCAACACUUGGUCUUCUGCAACUGGAGGAUGAACUUCUGGAGGUAAAUGGGGUUCAGCUGUACGGAAGGUCCCGCCGAGAGGCAGUCACGUUUCUGAAGGAAGUGCCACCCCCCUUUACACUGGUUUGCUGCCGACGGCUUCUUGAUGAUGGCAGUGAGUCUCUUGUGGAUGAACCCACCAUGGGAGUUCCCCCUCCUGAACAAAAGGUGAAACCAGAGGAAGACAUUAAUCCUAAGGAGGAAGAAGGGGAAUUAGCAUUAUGGUCUCCUGAUGUGAAUGUUAUUCAACUGGAGAAAGACAAAAAUGGUUUAGGAUUCAGCAUUUUAGACUAUCAGGAUCCCUUGGAUCCAACAAGACCAGCCAUUGUGAUCAGCUCAUUAGUGGCAGGGGGAGUAGCUGAGCGUGGGGGGGAGCUGCUACCGGGUGACCGCUUGGUGUUCGUGAAUGAGAAAUAUUUGGAUAGUGCAACUUUAGCAGAGGCAGUGGAGGUGUUGAAAUCUGUGCCCCCAGGUACAGUUUCUCUUGGAAUCUGCAAGCCUUUGGUGGGAGAAAGCAAAGAGGAGGAGACCAUGCACACUGUGGAUUCCAGCAACAUUAAAACCAGCCCUGGGUCUCCAGAACCAACAGAUAAUAUUAAUUUCUCAAUAAUACUGGAAGCACCACAGGGUUUCAGAGAUGAAACACCUUUUAAAGAAGAACUUGUUGAUGAACCAAUUUUGGACUUGGGAAGAUCAUUUCAGCUUGCUCAAAAUGACAAUGAGUACGAGAAGGAGUCCUGGGAGAUGCAUGAAUUUCUGAAACCCAGAACAGAAGAUCUGGAUGAAGAACGGGAAAUGUUGGUGGAUGAUGAGUAUGAAGAAGAUCCAGACUUGUUUAAAUAUAAUGCAUCAGGUGGACAGAAGGCACCUUCAGAGAGGAACCUCAAUACAGAACGAUGGGCAAUGCAAGUUGAGACUAGUGAAAUACAAGGCUUAAGAUCCAGUGGAAAAUUAAGUCCAAAGCAGUCCCUGGAAUAUCCAUUCAACAAUGAUCAAAUGUGUGAAGAAAAUGCUAGUGUAAGUUCCCUGUCUUCUGGAACCACAGCACACAGUGGCUACCAAAAAGACAUAUUUGAUAUUGAAACUACCCUGUCAAAAAGCAAGAUGGAUUUAGGUACAAAGCUUCAGAUUGACUCUAAAGGAUGUGAACUUGCUGUUGAUCUGGAAGCUGCUGUAAAGGAAGAACUAAAAAGAGAGGAUUAUGUUUUUUCUAAGAACGGGGAAUCUGGGAGAGUUACCACCUUAACUCAGUCUAGAACAGCAUUAUACAGUGAAUUACCUGAGAGAGAAGAAGGAGAAGGAGAAGAAACACCAAACUUCAGCCACUGGGGACCACCACGGACUGUUGAGAUCUUUAGAGACCCUCAUGUGUCUCUUGGAAUCAGUAUUGUUGGUGGACAAACUGUCAUAAAGCGCCUGAGGAAUGGAGAAGAACUUAAAGGGAUCUUUAUCAAACAAGUUUUGGAAGACAGCCCAGCAGGAAGAACAAGGGCUUUAAAAACUGGAGAUAAAAUACUUGAGGUUUCUGGGGUAGACCUCCAAAAUGCCACACACGAGGAAGCAGUAGAAGCCAUCAAGAAUGCGGGAAAUCCUGUCGUGUUUGUGGUUCAGGGUUUGUGUAACGUACCGAAAAUGGUUUCUGCCAUACAGCCUAAGGGAAUCAAAGUCAGCAAUGAUCAGGAAGAAGACAAAGAAAAGAAGAGUGAAAAGAGAAAAUAUGGGGCUCCACCUCCAAUGAAAUUGCCACCUCCUUAUAGAGUGCUUGAAAGACUGCAUGCAGAAGAAGCUAGUGUGGAUGAAGAGGAGGAUGAGGAUGCUUGUACAGAGGAAAAGAUCAGGCAAAGAUAUGCCGAACUACCAGGAGAGUUGCACAUAAUUGAGCUGGAGAAGGACAAAAAUGGGCUGGGGCUGAGUCUGGCUGGCAACAAGGACCGCUCUCGUAUGAGCAUCUUUGUAGUUGGUAUCAAUCCAGAUGGACCUGCAGGACGAGAUGGAAGGAUGCAUAUUGGUGAUGAACUUCUAGAGAUAAACAAUCAGAUAUUGUAUGGAAGAAGUCAUCAGAAUGCUUCUGCAAUCAUUAAGACUGCCCCAUCAAAGGUCAAGCUGGUUUUCAUACGAAGUGAAGAUGCAGUCAAUCAGAUGGCUGUUACUCCUUUCCCGUUACCUUCCAGCUCCCACUCUUCUAUUGAGGACCAUGGCGGCACUGAACCCACAAACAAUGAAGAAGACCUGAGUUUGGAAGUUGUCAUGAAAAGUUUGACUGAUGAGGAAUCCAAAAAAACUGAUGUGAAAAAUAAAGUUGACAAACCAGUGCUAGUGGAAAAAGCAGAAGUGGAGGAGCAGCUCCCAGAAAAUGUCCUCAACCAGAUCAAACAAUCCAAAACUGCAACAAAAGUACCAGUCAACUUACAGGAGAUAUCCAUGGUGUCAGCACCUACUUAUCUUUCUCCAGAGGCAGGAGUCACCAGCCAUAGCAUCUUUCCACCUGCAUUGCCUGUGGAUCCAGCGACAUGUCCUAUAGUUCCAGGGCAAGAGAUGACUAUAGAGAUAUCUAAGGGUCGGUCAGGUCUGGGGCUCAGCAUCGUUGGGGGGAAGGACACUCCACUGGAUGCCAUAGUGAUCCAUGAAGUGUAUGAAGAAGGGGCAGCAGCCCGAGAUGGCAGGCUUUGGGCUGGCGAUCAGAUUCUGGAGGUGAACGGGAUCGAUCUGCGGAGUGCCAGCCAUGAAGAAGCUAUCACUGCCCUGAGACAGACACCCCAGAAGGUGCAGUUGGUUGUUUAUAGAGAUGAAGCACAUUACAAAGAUGAAGAAAACCUGGAAAUUUUCUAUGUAGAUAUACAAAAGAAAACGGGCCGAGGACUAGGGCUCAGCAUAGCUGGAAAACGAAAUGGAAGUGGAGUGUUUAUCUCUGACAUUGUUAAAGGAGGAGCUGCAGACCUAGAUGGAAGAUUAAUUCAGGGAGAUCAGAUUUUGUCUGUAAAUGGAGAGGAUAUGAGAAAUGCCUCACAAGAGACUGUUGCCACUAUACUUAAGUGUGCCCAAGGUCUAGUGCAUCUUGAGCUUGGGAGACUGCGAGCUGGAUCAUGGCUGUCAUCCCGGAAAACCUCCGAAAACACUCAGGCAAGCCAGCAGAAUGUCCAUAGCCACUUCCACCCUGCGCUUGCUCCAGUCCUCUCUACCUUACAGAAUUUUGUCAGCACGAAAAGAUCUUCAGCAGAUGUGUCUCAGAGAAACUCAGGAGCAGAUAUGGGCCCAAGGACUGUGGAGAUAAUGAGGGGACCAAAUGAUGCACUUGGUAUCAGUAUAGCAGGAGGGAAGGGGAGUCUGUUAGGAGAUAUUCCCAUCUUCAUUGCUAUGAUUCAAGCCACUGGUGUGGCUGCACGCACCCAAAGACUCAGGGUUGGAGAUCGGAUUGUCAGUAUUAAUGGGCAACCUUUGGAUGGGCUGUCUCAUGCAGAUGCAGUUAAUCUACUAAAGAAUGCUUAUGGGAGCAUUAUCCUGCAGGUUGUGGCUGAUACCAACAUCAGUGCCAUUGCUACCCAGCUGGAGAGCAUGUCUGCAGGAUGCAACCUCAACUCUUCCUCUGAACAUCCUCCGGAAGAUCCUGAAGCACCUCAGCCUAAGAUUAUUACUUUGGAGAAAGGCUCUGAUGGACUGGGAUUUAGUAUUGUAGGGGGGUAUGGAAGUCCCCAUGGAGACCUGCCCAUUUAUGUCAAGACUAUAUUUGCCAAGGGGGCGGCUGCAGACGACGGCAGACUGAAGCGCGGCGACCAGAUUUUAGCAGUGAACGGGGAAGCUUUGGAAGGUGUUACUCAUGAGCAAGCUGUGGCCAUUCUGAAGCGCCAGAAAGGGACUGUAACAUUAACAGUGUUAUCAUGAAUGUUGUUGCACUUGUGGAGAUCAAUACAAUUCUUUUAGAACAUCAGUAGAGCUGUUCAUAACACUUCAGCCCCAAGCAGGGUGUAAAGGAAACCCUGGCAAAAAUGAAUCAGUCUUCACCACCUUGCCAGAAAGGGCAGUGUGCAUCUCCAGCUUCAUUUAGCCUCCCACAUUUAUCAGCCUUUCUCCCCACCCUCCCCCUGCUUCUGGUGGCUUUUGAGGUUUCUCUGGACAAGUUUAAUUAAGAAACUUCAAAGAACAGUAUCCGUUUUAUUUAUACAUCAGUUUAUCCCCAGUAGUCUGAACCCCAGUUA